GUGACCACGGACAGCUGAACAACUCGAACUCUUCUUUCCUUGCCCUCCCAAAUUCAAAACAUAUACAAAACCCUAACCCUAGCUCCCUCCAAAACACUCCAAGUUAUUACUCUCGACACUCGCCGCUUGAACUAGCCAUCAUUUGAAAGUUAUAAUGGAUUCUGUCCUCCUUCAAUCCCCCAUGAAAGAGCGAUCUCCUGACCUCGGCCUUUCCUCGGAGACUACCUACGAGCUUAUGCUGCGAGAGUCCAUCAAAAGCUUUCUCGGCGGGUUCCACCGAGAAGGGUUCGACUUCGCCGGGUUCCGCUCGGUUAUGUCGAGGCAGCUCCAGUCCAGCGUUGACCCGCCUCUCGAGAUAGUGUGGCUUUACUCCGCUGCGAGCUACCAUGAGAGCGUUGCUGCUAAGAACUCUUUUGACAGGAUCCGUGCCGUAAGGGAUCUCCUCCAGCUUCUCUCUGCAUUCUCUGCUGCUAGCGGCGGCGCUAAGUCUAUAGCCCUGAUCGCUCCGGCGGUCUAUGAUUUGUAUCAAUGCGCAGUGGACGGUUUGGUGGAGAAGAAAGAUAUAGAGUGCUUAGCGGACGGAAUUUUGAGCUAUAUCAGUAUAUGCAGUGGUCAUUAUAGUGAUUUGGAAGAGAUUUCCACACUGCUGCAUCCUUGCUUUCUUGACCUGCUGAAAGUGUGGACGUUGAGACACUCUGGUGCUGGGGCGAGUCUUGAGGCAUUCUUUCCGCUGAUUAGUAGUGAAGCUCGGAGGAGGUUUGAGAAGGAAGGAUCUGGGGUUAGUUAUUUAGCAGGUGUGGUAAUUGCCGAGUCUUUCCUGCUCAGGUUAUGCUUGAAGGUGAAAGGUGGAGGAGCUUCAAGGAAAGAGUUGCAAAAGGAAUUAGGAAUCUGGGCAGUUAGUUCCAUAACUGCGUUCUGCAAUCGGCAUUUUUUUGAAAUAUUGUUGAAGUUCCUGUUGGAUACAAAAGUUAUUGCAGCCGCUCUAUUGAAUGCUGAUGAUGAAAAGCUUGCAAGAGGAGUCCUCUAUGAUGCUGUGGUUUUGGUGGAUUAUUCUUUUCUUUUUUCUGGGAAGGAGAUAGGUCAGUCUGAUAGGAUAAGGAAUCUUCUUGUAACAAAGCUGAUUGUAACAAAUGAAGCUGUCAAAAUUGCCAGGACAGGAGGGGAUCAUGGCCAAGCCAUCUCCUAUCUGAAUGCAUACGCAACUUCAUCUCUUCCAAGUGAACUGAUCAAUUUGGUUCGCAAACAGAUUGGAGAUUUGAGCUCCGAAAAGCCUAAUAACAAUUCACCUGAAGGUCUUCUCAAGUGGCUAGUUAUUCUUCAACAAAUGAGGAAAAUAAGUCUUGACGAUGAAGCUUCAAGAUAUGCAAUUCAGUUGAUAUCUGAGGAGUCCAAUCUACUUGCAGUGGAGUCUGCAUCUGCUGAAGACAAAAAGAUGGAUGCUGAUUUAUUUUUUUUGGAUAAAGGCGAGUCAAAUGGUGAGGAAAUGGAGUCAAUGGAUGCCGUAUUUUCCUCUGCUGCUCAAUCCAUGAAACAAUUCUCGAGCAAUGGAAGAGUAAAAAGGAAAAAAUCUAUAGGUCAAGAAGGAAAUCGGUUCAAAUUUGUCAAGUAUGAUGUUCACAACGACCUGCUUGAAGAUUCUGUCAUUCCUAUUAUAGCUGAUGGUGCAAAUUGUGAUAGUGCAGUUGAGAAUCCACCGUCAGAUGCAGAUAUGGAAGAAUCUGACUGAGAUUUCAAGGUUCUUAGUGGAUGGCUCUCUGACACUUUUUGCUGUAGGUAGAAAAAGCAUCCAACAAAAUACAGUAUUAAUUUGGAUGAUAGUUUUUUUUUCACUUUGUUUUAGAAAAGCAGAAGAGAAACUGUAAUUUGAAGAGUAACUUUUAACAGCAAAAAUCAAGUCUUUUGCAGAUGGAACUUUCCCAUAA